UUAAAAAUAAAUAAAGUAGAAAUAAAAAACGUGGAGCUGAAAAGGAUACGAAAAAGGCAAUUGCUUGAACCCCCACAGCCGAAGAAGAAGAAGAAGAAGAAGAAGAAGAAGAGCGGGAACGGCAGGACGAAAGCACAAACAAUUGCUCAAUUUACUCGCUCUAGAAUUGCAUCACGUAACUAUCCAAUAAUUGAUAAACUUCCAUCUCAUAGCCGUGUCAGAUCAGGAGUUGCAGCUUUGGGCCUUGCAGCAUGCUUUCACAAAACUACUGGUCCUUUUUGCCAUAAACACCAUUGUCGGUGCUGUUUCUUCUAUGUACCACAGCCUGCAUUGGCCACCAGUUUCAAGAAGAUGGCCUGGUCUAUUAGGAGCAGUGUAGACAGCAGUGGGUUGGAUCCUUCUCCAAAUAGCACUAAUGGCACAACAAGAUUAAUCAGGGCCAUCCAAGCUAUUCUAACCAAAUUAGAAACAAGAAUCCAGGAGAUAAGAAAAGGCCUUCCAGUAAAACUACUGUUUUUCUUAGCAGGAUUUUACUGUGCAACCGCAUUUGCCACUGUUAUUGGGCAAACUGGCGACUGGGACAUUCUCUCUGCUGCCUUGGCUGUGGUAGUUGUAGAGGGGAUUGGUGCUCUCAUGUACAGGGCACUUCCUUUAUUAAACAAGAUUAGGAGGUUAAUAACCAUGUUUAAUUAUUGGAAAGCUGGGCUUUCUCUUGGUCUCUUCUUGGAUUCAUUCAAGUACUAAAUGGAUGAUGUUUUUGGGUUAAGCAAUCACUUCAGUUUUGAACUAGAUGGAUUCCCCAAUUUCUUGUAACACAACUCUUUCAGAUGUUGUCUCUGGCCGAUAACAUCUGUUCGAAGCAUUAAGAAGUGAUUGGUAUAGCAUACUAUAUAUAGGUCAGGACCUGACUGAACCGGGGAGAAAGGGCAACAUUACACCAGUUGGAAACCCAAUGGAGAAAGUGAGUCAGUGACUUUUUGGUGAAGGAGGGUCCCAAUGCCCUCCAAUGGCUCGUGAUCUUGAUAACUAUCAUCGCUUGGAAGAGAAAAAUGGAAAAUGGGAGGCUGAUGUUACAGAUUUUCUGAUGCUCUGAACUCGUUUCACUUUGAGCUCACAUGGAUGAGUCUGCUCCAAUUGCCAGCCUCGUCUGUCUUGUCUGCUGCACAUUUUUCAGAAGUACAAUAUUGCUUGGCGUCUUUUGAAAGGGUUGUGUUAGCCAUUGGUGUCCACUGUCCGCUUUGCUGGGUUUCAAUAAGGGCCUGUCAUUUUAUGGUGCCACUACUCAACAGAAAAGAGAAUCCGUCUCUGCUUUCCUCGCUCUCUGAAGACUGAACCCCGCAAGAGGACAUUAUUAUCAGAAUCAUUAUGCUAGACGUGGGUUUUAGCGCGGACUGGAAUUUGAAGGCAUUUUAGUGCAUUGGUUUUAUUUAUUCUUUCUGAGUUUCUUGCCCUUGGGUAGAAAGUACCUACAAAUUGUGGUAUGCUAGCGAGUGGAGCGCAAUAAAUAAAUAGCACCAAUGUUUUGUUGAGAAUUUAA